CUCUGCGAUUAACUCUCAUAGAAAUAGACCUUUUCUUUCAUUCCUUUCCUCACCUUAAUUUACUUGGAGGAUUUAAUAAUUACUUCGUCAUCAUGGAAGACACAUCUAGUGAGUCUAAUGACAACCAAGAGCCAGUCAAGUACGGAGCUAUCGUUCCUGCUUCACUGGCUCGCCAUCCUACGAACCCCUUAGCCCGUAAUUCUACCAAGGAGACUAUUCGGGACCCGCAGUUGGACGUCAAUUUACCAUACCGAACACUGUCCAACGAUGCCAACCUUUCCGAAUACACCACAGAAACGGCGACUGGAAACAUACCUGGUCCUAUAGAACCAGAUGGCGAAAAUCGCUACAAACUCGUCACCUUUCUCCCAAAUGAUCCUGAGAACCCCAAGAACUGGUCCAAGGGAUACAAGUGGUACUGCACCAUGGUCGUUGCCGCCACUUGCUUUGUCGUAGCAUUCUCAUCCAGCGUCAUCACACCAGACAUUGCAGAUGUAGCUGAAGAAUUCGGUGUCAGCGAGGAGGUAGCAUUACUCAGUAUUUCGCUAUUCGUCGUUGGGUUUGGAGUUGGGCCCAUGAUCUUCGCUCCUCUAUCUGAAGUCUAUGGUCGACGUAUUAUCUACGGAACAACGCUAUUAGUUGCGGUGAUUUUCAUCAUCCCCGGUGCUCUCGCGAAGAAUAUUGCAACUCUCCUAGUCGCUCGAACCAUUGACGGAAUCGCCUUUUCUGCACCCAUGACACUCGUUGGUGGCACCUUGGCGGACCUAUGGAGGUCUGAGGAGAGAGGUAUUCCGAUGGCUGCUUUCUCGGCGGCCCCCUUUAUCGGUCCUGCAAUCGGUCCCCUAGUUGGCGGUUUUUUAUCCGAUGCUGCCGGUUGGAGAUGGCUAUAUUGGAUUCAUCUAAUCUUAGCCUUCAUCGUUUGGGUUCUAAUCACAUUCACCGUGCCCGAGACUUACGCUCCGACGAUCCUUGCGAAAAGAGCUAAGAAGAUGCGCGAGGAAACCGGUAUCCCGGACUACGUUACCGAAGAGGACAUCGACAAGAGACCCUUUGGCGAGCGGAUGCGCAUCUUUUUGAUCAGGCCUUUCCAACUUCUUUUCGGCGAACUCAUCGUCUUCCUGAUCAGUCUAUACAUGUCCGUGCUCUACGGCUUGCUGUACAUGUUCUUCGUCGCCUUCCCCAUUAUUUUCCAGCAAGGCAAGGGAUAUUCUGCCGGCAUUACAGGUCUUAUGUUUAUCCCUCUUGCAGUAGGCGUCGUCUGCUCGGCCUGUUGCGCCCCUCUCGUCAAUGACCAUUAUCGUAAGCUCAUCGCAAAGCACAACGGUCUUCCCCCACCGGAACUCCGUCUCAUUCCCAUGAUGGCCUCCUGUUGGUUCAUCCCCAUGGGCCUGUUCAUCUUCGCCUGGACUUCAUACCCACACCUCUCCUGGGUCGGACCCGCACUCGGCGGUUUCCCCGUGGGCUUCGGCUUCAUCUUCCUGUACAACAGCGCCAACAACUACCUCGUCGACGCAUACCAGCACCAAGCCGCAUCAGCGCUAGCAGCCAAGACGUGCAUCCGAUCAUUCUGGGGCGCGGCCGUCGUGCUCUUCACCGAGCAGAUGUACGCGCGCCUCGGCUACGAAUGGGCCAGCACCCUCCUCGCCUUCAUCAGCCUAGCCUGCUGCGGUAUCCCCUUCCUGUUCUGGAUCUACGGCGCGAGGAUCCGACAGAAGAGCAAGUACGCGUACGCGGGCGAGGACGACGAGAAGAUUGCGAACGCGAGCGAGGGCGUUGGUCCUGUCGUCAGGGAAGACGACGAAGAGGAUCAGGACCUUAGACGCGCUAGGAGCUACGUUAGUAACCCCUGAGCGCGGGAUUAAGAUUUGAUACGAUUCACACGAUGAAUCGGUUUAAUAUCUACAUUUUUUUCUGUUACCCGAUAGAGGCAUAGAGAAAUGGACU